AUGGAGGAACAGCAGCACAUGGAGCAAAAUGCGGGAAUCAAUGCACCCGGUUUCAUUCCUCAACAAAAUGGACACCCAACACAGCAGCAGCAGCAACAACAACAACAUCAUCAUGGGAUGCCAUCACACUUUUCACCUCCACAAGGACCAACCUUCCAGCAGCCUGUUUCUACCGAUGCAAUCAUCGUGCAAAUUCUACAACAACUAAGACAGCAACAAGCUGUCACAAACCAACUUCUUCAGCGACAACAAGAAUCGAGCCAGUAUCAGCAAGGGUUCAUGCAACAACAAGAACUUUUAUUGCGGAACGCCAUGUCAUCAAUUCAAGUAAACGUUCCCCCGAAUCCAGAGGUUAUUUUAGAUUCACUAGCAGCGAACAUAAAGGAAUUUCUAUAUGAUCCCGAAAAUCACAGUACUUUCGCCGCUUGGUAUGCCAGGUAUGAGGAUCUUUUUGCAAAAGAUGCUGCGCGAAUAGACGAUGGAGCUAAAGUCAGGUUACUUCUACGGCGGCUAGGAACAAACGAACAUUACAGAUACAUCAGUUUUAUUCUGCCGAGUGUACCGAAAGACUUUACGUUUGCAGAUACGAUAAGCAAAUUGAAAGCACUAUUUGGAAGCAGAGAAUCAGCAGUCAAGAAGCGAUAUUCUGCUCUUACAGUCACAAAAACAUACCUCGAAGAUUACGUUACCUACGGUUGUCGAGUAAAUAAAAUGUGUGUGGAGUUCGAGCUUUCGAAAUUAUCGGAAGAGCAAUUUAAAUGCCUGAUCUUCGUGUGCGGGUUAAAAUUAGAGUGCGAUGCAGAAACAAGAACAAGAUUGUUAACCAGAAUAGAGGAUAAUAGUGAUGUCACAUUAGAGUCUUUAAUGGAAGAAUGUCAGCGACUAAUCAAUUUGAAAAGUGAUGCAGCAAUGAUAGAAGGCGUAGGAGGUCAAGUUCAUGCAAUCAAAAGAAAUCCAGCGUAUCGAAAUCUAACAAGGCGACAGCACUCCAGUGAACAAACUAAAAAUCAUCCCCAACGCAAUUUCCAUGGAUCAUCUGGUCCCAAAACUCCGUGUUGGAACUGCGGAGCGAUGCAUUACUCCAAGUAUUGUAAAUUUCGGAACCAGCGAUGUACAGAAUGCAAGCAGCUGGGGAAUAAGGAAGGGUAUUGUUCUAGCGCGAAACGAUCUUCGAAGAAACCAAGUCAACGGAACGAGAAACACUAUACCAACACCAUCACAUUAUCCGUCGACUGCGUUCGAGGUAAACGUCGUUAUGUGUGGAUAAAAAUUAACGGAGUAUCAACGCGUCUACAAUUAGACACUGCAUCGGACAUAACAAUUAUAUCCGAGGAAGUUUGGCGGAAUAUUGGCGAACCAAAAGGGAAAUCAACAAUGCAAAAAGCCAAGUCAGCAACAGGUGAGCGGUUACCUCUCCUAUUGGAAUUCGAUUGUGAAGUCAGCCUCAACGAAUCAACAUGUAGCGGUCAAAUAUAUGUCUCCAGACCCCGCUUAACCUCCUGGGAAUCGACAUCAUAG